UUUGUGGACUGUGGACUUGGACUACCAUCUGAAAAAUACUGAUGUAAAUUGUAUGGAAAAUAUCAUCGACUCUACGGGAUUUUUCGAAAUAUAAUGAGUAACUUUCUGGAAAUAAUCGUAAUUCAUAAGCACCGAUGAGCAAUAGCAUUUUUAUCUUAAACAUCUAUUUCUUUCAGUCGAAUCUUAGUAGUUUUUACAGUUAACAAAAUUCCGGUUAGACCUAAUUGUUGUGCGUUUGAAAGAAGAAAAUGCUCAGACAAUUUACCAAGUAUUUAAAACCAACUUUGAACCAAAUUUCGCUCAAAAAUGGGUUGGUUAAGACAGACUCCAGCCAUAUGUGUCUGCGGUUGUACGCAGCAGGUAGUAAAAGAAAUGUUGAUACUAUCAGUGCAAGUAAACGGCCUUUGUCAAAUUUGAUGAAAAAUUCUUCGCCCGAGACAGGCAAAGCUGGAGCCAAUGUUGAAAAGCCUGAAAUUUUGGACAGUGGAAACGAUAACCCUGGUGGAGGCGACAAGAAAAAGCCAAACAUUGUUUUGUAUCUCAGUCCAAUUAUUGCAGCAGCAGUGAUAUAUCAGCUAUGGAGUAUGUUUUUAAAGGAGGAGAAGAAGGAACCCGUGUCUCAGUUGGAAGUCAAAAGAAAAAAGAGGCAAGCUUCAAUGGUCCAAAAAACUCCAGCCUCCUCAGCCGACAUUCCCAGCCAGGUGCCUUAUCUACUCAUCGGAGGAGGCACUGCUUCAUUUGCUGCUUUCCGAGCUAUCAAGUCUAAUGAUCCGACCGCUCAGAUUCUUGUGAUCUCAAAUGAACCGUAUUACCCGUACAUGCGGCCUCCGUUGUCCAAGGAGAUGUUCUAUGAUGAGGACCGUGUGUCCGUACGCAACCUAAAGUUCCGGCAGUGGAAUGGUAAACAGCGGAGCUUGUUCUACGAACAUGACGACUUCUACGCAGACGUAGACACUCUGAUGUCUGCCAAGAACGGAGGAAUUUCGGUGGCGCGCGGAUGGAACGUUACUCGGAUAGACCCAUCUGCUCGUAAGGCUUAUCUGGAGGAUGGGAAGGAAAUAACCUAUAGGAAAUGUCUUAUUGCUACCGGAGCCAAGCCCAAGACACUCCCAGUGUUUGAAAAUGCCAGCGAAGAAAUCAAGGAGAAGGUUAUGCUCUACAGGAAUAUUUAUGACUUUGAGGAGUUGGAAGACAUUAUAGACGAAGGUGCAAAGUCCAUUGCCAUCGUAGGGGGAGGAUUCCUUGGCAGUGAACUCGCCUGCGCUUUGGCCAGACGAGGUAAGUCGACUGGACUGACAGUUCACCAGAUCUUCAGAGAGGACGGUAACAUGGGUAAAGUGCUGCCGGAGUAUUUGUGCAAGUGGACGACGGAGAAAGUUAAGACAGAAGGAGUCGACGUAAUCAAUCGUGCCGAGGUGAGCAGUGUGGAGAUGAAGGACGGAAGAGUCUUGCUGAAACUGAAUAAUGACAAACAGGUAGAGGCGGACCAAGUGAUAGUCGCAGUAGGCGUGGAGCCGAACACUCAACUGGCCCAGACGUCGGAUCUCGAGGUGGACCCUGUGGUCGGAGGAUAUCUGGUCAACGCAGAACUGGAAGCUAGAUCUAACCUUUACAUUGCUGGAGAUUGCGCCUGCUUCUACGACGUCAAGCUGGGUCGUCGGCGCAUCGAGCAUCACGACAACGCGGUGGUGUCUGGCCGACUAGCCGGUGAGAACAUGACCGGCGCAGGCAAACCUUACCUCCACCAGUCCAUGUUGUGGUCAGACCUCGGCCCCGACGUUGGCUACGAGGCGCUCGGAAUAGUCGACUCUAGCUUGCCUACCUUCGGAGUCUACGCCAAGACGGACAAACAGGAACCACCUUCUGACGACAAGAAAGAGAACAAAGAAGAAUAUACCAAGGGUGUGAUUUUCUAUCUCAGGGACGAAGUCAUUGUAGGAAUAGUUUUGUGGAAUAUCUUCAAUAGAGUUGGUAUUGCCAGACAGGUAUUGAAAGAAGGACGCAAGUUUGAUGAUCUGAAUGAAGUAGCUAAAUUAUUUGACAUCCACUCUAACUAGACUCAGGUAGAGAGAUUGCCACAUCAACAGAAUCCAAUUCCAUGUUUAUUGCAUUUUUAAAUGUGUUAACUUAUGUUGUUCAAAAACAUUGUUUCGAAUGUAUAUUUAGUGACAGCUGGACUUGUGAUUAAAUUUUGAUUUAGUACAAAGACGAAGACAACUGGUUGUUUUGUUAAGACUACAGUAUUUUUUUAUAGACAGUUUUGAAUUAGCUUUGUGCAGUCAGUUGUUUGUUUUCCUAAUUGUGCACUUUAGUAAGUUUUGAGCUUGCCUGUCAAGAAUUAUCUCAUUUUUUUCAAUAAAUAUUUGUUAAAACA